AUGCAUUCGGUGCCAGCAGCGGCUGCAGCCGCCGGGACCGCCUUCACUGGGAAAUGGCUCUUCGAUUACAACCGGGCCAACUUUCAGUACGAUGUGCCUCAACGCUUCGGACGUUACAUGACCUCCAGGGGCAUGCUGAACACCCAGGUUGGCCAGUAUCGCCAAGAUGUUCAUGGCAUUGCUGAGCUCACUUCCUCCAAGAUGGACACCGUACAAGCCAUGAUGACCUUGGUUCUUUGUGUGUGUGCAGCUCUCUCAGAUGCUGGACGCAUUGGCAUGCACGGCUGCGCUCCUCCGCAAUGGCUUUGCGCCCUCUAUUCAGGUCACAUUUAUACUUCCAUUCUUCUCUGCGGGACAGCACUUUGGCUUGGCAUGCAUGGUUCUUUGCGGGCACAGUGCGCUGCCACUUCAUUGUUGACACGAAAGGUUCGGUUGCCAAUUCCUUCAAUGGCUCAGCUCGACGCUGCCCGAUCCUUCGGCUCGGCUUUCGAACAGCAGAAGCUGGGAGACCAGUUCAGAGUGCCAUUCAUGCGUCACCCUGAAGAUGCUCCUGAGCUUCCUCCUGCAUCUUCUGGCGAGUCGGGUGAGGAAGAUGAGAAGGCCGAGAAAAAGAAAGAAGGCAAGGAAAGCAAGAAGAGCAAGAAGAAGUCUUCCAAGGUGGCUGCACCUGAUCCACGCACCGAGUUCAGCAGCACUGCUCGCGACACCGUGCCCUCCUGGAUUCGUGAUGAACAGGUGGUUGACAAGGGGCUGGGAGUCAUGGGGAUGCAGACUCGUGAUGAUUUCGAACCUCAUGAGACUCCGGACCACUUCAAGAUGCUGUUGGCUGCACAAGAGGAAUGGUGGCAGUACGAUGUUUAUGCCAGAGUGCUCAUGCUCUAUGGAUCUUGUCAGUUCCUGUAUGCUGUCUGCUACUACUGCAUUGGUACCACCAUGGCAGAGCUGCGAGGGUUCUGGAUCUCCUGGUCCAUUCCUAUGCUCUUCAUGGGUGCUCAGGUUUUGAUCAUGCGCCUUGAUAUUGUGCGCACAUCAGGAAACCACAUGCUUCCGAACGCAGAGUGGCUUGGGCACAUUGCACCCUACUUUGCAGUUGCUGCCACAACCAUGGAGUACCGCUACUUGUACUCACCUACCACUGUGAUCCUCACUUGGGUCUGUGUCUUCUUGGCCUACUUUGGGCAUUUUGUCAUGGCUUUGCGGUUCCUGGAUUUGGCUUGGCCUGACUGGAACCGUCAAACAGACUUGCCGGACGAGGCGGGAAAGCCCUGGUGGCCAUCUACAUGGAAGGUGCCUUCGGCUUUCCGAAAUUCUUUGUGGCUUUUGGCACCUCCGAAGAAGUUGGAGCCCGGCCAGCAUGACCUCCUGCAUGAAGCUGAGGGCCUGGCAAAUUCCGGUGGCGGUGUGGAGAUUCGACGCCGCAAGGGCGACAAGAAGGGUCAGAAAGUCAAGGUGAAGGAGGUUGGUGAAGGCCUUGGUGAAAUGGAUCCUGCAAAUGGUGAGGCAGAGGGUGCCUACACAGGACGAUCUCCAUUCAAGGCCUUUGCAGAAGCUCGUUCCCCGGACUUACCCUGGCAACUGGCGCGAGUGGCAAUUUGUACCGUGGCCUUUGGGUGGGUUUACAUGGCUAUUUGCUUGUUCGUUGAGAUGACCAUUGGCCAAGACUCGGUGAUGAAGCCUCCUGGUGAGCCGCCAUGGAUCCGUGACCAGAAGAUGGUCAACGUUUGGAAGCCUGAUGCUUGGCAUAUGAGCAGCAUGCCACUGCCCGGUGACUACCGUCUUGAGUCCUCCACCCUGGCCAAGUAUGAAGAUGAUGGCUCCAUUGGCGGCUACAAAUCUGAUGAUAUUCACUCCGUGGGUGUUGGCGUGAGCGGUGUCCAGGAGGAUGAGUCACAUUCGGGUGGAUCCCACUCAGACGAGACACAUGCGGGUGAUUCCCAUGCAGCCGAUUCCCACGCAGCCGACACUCAUGCUGCUGACUCCCAUGCUGCUGACUCCCAUGCAGCCGACACUCAUGGUGAUUCCCAUGAUACCCAUUCUCCAGAAGGCCACGGUGCUGGAGGACAUCGACGCUUGCAAGGUGCAGACGGCCAUUUGUUGCGCGAACUGCUGAAAGCUGCUGACGGCAUUGACUGGUUGCAAGAUUCCCUUGAGAAGCUGGAGGCGAAUUCCGCUGCCCCGCUCUACGACUUGGCACCUGCACCGGCCAUUGGCUCUCCGUUCAUGGCACCGACUGCACCCAAGGCCAAGAAGGUGAAUUGGCCAUCGCUCUUUGAGCCGAAGCACCUGCUGUGCAAGGGUCCUGAGCUCAUCGCUUUGACACCCCGCGGCUUUGGUGCACAUCUUUCAAAUCAAGAUGCAGAGGAAGCGAAGUCAUUUGCCAUGGAGGGCCUGGGAGCCAACUCCAUUGCUGGUGGCCAUUGGGAGAAGGGUCUACAGCUGAUCACGAAGGUUGGGGAGCUCUUCCAUUGCCCAGGGACAGGACCUGAAGAAGGACGCUGGUCCUGCAUGCUCCAGAAGAAGCUGCCACUUCCAGAAAAUUCAAAGCUACAUGCGGCAGCGAUCACCCAGCAUGAGGAACCUGGAAAUCGCUUGGUGGCCUUGCUCUUUGAGAACAUGCCUCACAUUGUCUCACUCUUCAAAGAGGGUUCCUCUGGCUGGAUUGCUGCGGGAGAGGCGCGCGGGCUCACUGAAACGAAGCUUGAGCCAGUCUUUCAGACUGAUGCUUUUCUGGAGAGGUGCACCUUGGAGGUUCCGGCGUAA